CUUCCUGUUGUCCUCACUCUCUUUGCACCCUCUGAGGUGAGGAGGCUGCUCUGCUGUGAGACGUUGGCUCAUCCGGUCCUUUUCCGCCAGCUGUCUGCUCUGGAAAUAGGCUCAAUCUGCAGCGCUGGUGACGCCUUCCGGUCAGCUGGACAGCCAGUGAGCAACAGCAGCGCGUGUUAGCACAGAGCUCACCCAGCUACCAGAGACAACAAAGAGAAGCAGGCUUUUGUUUGGGCUCCAUCAAAAACCCGACGGCUGCAAGGCUUCCUGACCCGGACCAAGCCUCAGAACCCUGCUCUGCAAACAGACCGGUGAUUGGUAAGAGGAGAAGAGCAUGAUGGAGGAGCAGAGGAAGAGCUCAGCCACUGAUGAGAAGGAAAUGGGUUCUUCACACAAGGAACAAAAUGACAAAAAUGGGAUGAUACCUCAGCAGUACAAUGGCACUGGCAAAGCUCACUCAACAGCAGCAAACGAGGAUAAACGCCAUAGUUGUGAUCAGUGUGGAAAAGCUUUUACCACAAAAAAACAUCUCAAAAAACACCAACACACCCACAGUGGAGUUAAACCAUUCGCCUGCGAUCAGUGUGGAAAGGCUUUUGCCACCAGAAUACAUCUUAAGAGACACCAACACACCCACAGUGGAGAUAAACCAUUCACCUGUGAUCAGUGUGGAAAGGCUUUUGCCAGGACAGAACACCUCAAACGACACCAACGCAUCCACAGUGAGGACAGACCCUUCAAAUGUGAGCAGUGCGGAAAGGGUUUUACUUGCUUUAGUAACUUAAAAACACAUCUGGUCAUCCACACAGGAGUGAAACCAUUCAUCUGUGAUGAGUGUGGAAAGGCUUUUACUCAGACGAAUGAUUUAAAAAAGCAUCUACUCAUCCACAGUGGAGUUAAGCCAUUCAGCUGUGAUCAGUGUGGAAAGUCUUGUACUCUGAUGGGUGAUUUAAAAAAGCAUCAGCGUACCCACAGUGGACUUAAACCAUUCAGCUGUGAUCAGUGCAACAGGGCUUUUAAUAGCAUUAGCAACUUAAAACGACACCAGUAUAUCCACAGUGACGUUAAACCAUUCAUCUGUGGCCAGUGUGGAAGGGGUUUUACUUGUUCUAGUAACUUAAGAAGACAUCAGCGCAUCCACAGUGGAAUUAAACCAUUCAACUGUGGUCAGUGUGGAAGAAGUUUCAGUGACAUGAGUGAUUUAAAAAAUCAUCAGCUCGCCCACACUGGAAUUAGACCAUUCAGCUGUGAUCAGUGUGCCAAGGCUUUUACUUGUGUGAGUAAAUUAAAACGACAUCAGCUCACCCACAGUGGAGUUAAAGCAUUCAUCUGUAGUCAGUGUGGAAGGGCUUUUACUGAGAUGGGUGACUUGAAAAGGCAUCAGUUCACCCAUGGUGGGGUUAAACCAUUCAGCUGUGAGCUGUGUGGAAAGUCUUAUACUUGCAUUAGUAAAUUAAAUACACAUAAGCUCAUCCACAGUGGAGUUGUGCCAUUCAGCUGUGAUCAGUGUGGAAGGGGUUUUUCUUUCCUUGGUAACUUAAAAAGACACCAGCUGAUCCACAGUGGAGUUAAACCAUUCAACUGUGAGCUGUGUGAAAAGACUUUUACUCAGAUGAAUGAUUUAAAAAUACAUCAGCUUACCCACAGUGGAAUUAAACCAUUCAGCUGUGAGCAAUGUGGAAAGGGGUUUACUUGCAGUAGUAACUUAAAAAGACACCAGCUCGUCCACAGUGGAGUUAAAGCUUAUGUCUGUGGUCACUGUGGAAAGGCUUUUACCGAGAUAAGUGAUCUAAAAAGACACCAGUUCACCCACAGUGGAGUUAAACCAUUCAACUGUGGCCAGUGUGGCAAGUCUUUUUCUCAGAAGGGUGAUUUAAAAAAUCAUCAGCUCAUCCACAGUGGGAUUAAACCAUUUAUCUGUGAACAGUGUGGAAAGGCUUUUACUCUGAUAACCAACUUAAGAAGACAUCAGCGCAUCCACAGUGGGGUUAAACCAUUCAUCUGUGGUCAGUGUGGAAAGGCAUUUACCCAUAAAAAAUACUUAAUAACACAUCUACAAACCCACUCCACAGAUGAGCAGUGAUAGUGGGACCUUUGUGGAAAACCCUUCAGCUUCCCAAGCAGCGUAAACUCAUACCAAAGCAUGCAUACUGCACACAGGGUAAAGUGCUGUGAUGAAUAUAGCAGACAAUUUGCAGAGGACAUUUUUUUUCUGUUCCGUCCGUCCGUCCAUCCAUCCAUGUUCUACCUCUCAUCUGGUUGCAAAGGCAGCAGUCUAAGGAGGGACACUAGAUGUCCCUCUCCUGCUGCUUCCUCUAGCUCUAUCCAUAAAAAUUAUGAAUUGGUGUCAAAGGGCAGCCUUAGUGUCACUGAGAAUGACUUUGGCUUGCUGCCAGCAAUGCAAACCAAGCUCUGGCAAUGGUUGCACAGGGACUGAACAUCCCGCAACAAUGAUCCUGAUAUCCCAUAGUCCUGAAACAUGCUCUACAAGAUACCCUGAGGGAUGCAGUUGAAUAACUUCUUCAAAACUGGUUAGGCAAACUCCAAUGCAACUUCUAGUCCCUCUUCACGAGGAGCAAAACCACAACCACCCCAGUCUGCCAAUCUAGAGGCUCUUUCCCCAACUUCCAUGCAACGUAACAACCAGGACAGCCCUACAACAUCCAGAGCUUUGAGGAAUUCAGGACAAAUCUCAUCCACUCCAGGAGCCUUGCCAUUAAGGAUUUAUUCGCUACCUCAGUGACUUCAACCCCAGUGAUGGAUGAAUUGUCCCCUUUGUCCUCAGACUCUGCUUCCAUGACAGAAGACGUGUCAGUGGGAUUGAGAUCCUCAAAAUAUUCCUUCCACUGUCCAACUGUCCUCAGUUCAGGUCAGAUGAGUCCUAUCCUUCUGGCCCCGUAUUAUCAUUCUCUCAGCUUGACAACUACAGGCCCAUUUCCAAACUGCCAUUCAUUUCUAAAAUCCUCAAGAAAGCUGUGGCCCAUCAGUUACUUGGGCUGGUUGAAGGUAAUAAUAUAUUUGAGGAAUUCCAAUCUGGAUUUGGACAUUAUUAUAGCAUCAAGACAGCAUUGCUCAAAAUUACCAAUGACAUUUUGUGUUUAGAUGAAGGUGAAAAUUAGAUUUUAGUUUUGUUUAGCCUACCUGUAUCUUUCAACAUGAAUGCUGAUAACAUUCAAAUUGACAUACUGCAGAAUUAUCUGGAGCUUGAAAAAAGAGCGACUGGACUUCUUUUUUUUUUUCGUGAAGAUGUUCCACCUCUCAUUCGAAAGGCUUCUUCAGUUCUCAAACCAAAAGAUGGAGAGACCCAGGUAUUUAAACCCCAGUAGGUGUAGUCCUCUGGAGGUUGUUGUGUAUUGUUAAUGUGCAUAAUCACAUGUGCCAUGGUGUGAAAGGAGCUGUGGGUCAUUAUAAUCAGUGGAGAAACCAAACAGCAUCUUCACAAAUGAAUGGCACAACAUAGAAGCGCCACCUCGACAGGACAAGACUCAGCAGUACAUCUGUAUCUAAAGGUCAAAGGUCACUCGUUGAGGAUGCCAACAUUCACAUUUUGAACAGGGAAGACAGGUGUUUGAAAUAGGAGUAAAAGAAGCAUCUGUCCACUGUGAACAACCAUCAUUGAACAGAGGAGGUGGAUUAAGUCACCAACUUUCACCUGUUUACAGUGCUGUCCUGAGCUCCCUCCCCAGGCACCUCAAACCCCAUUCACACCUUUGUUCAUUUGACCUCAAUAGAUGACUUGAUACAAUGGAGCGAAGUCCCAAAUUGGUUUAAUCUGAAACCACUGAUUGUAAUGACCCACGCCUCCUUUCACACCUUGGCACAAGUGAUUGUGCACAUGAACAAUAGUGGGGCACAACCACCCCCUGGGGACUACGCCUACUGGGGGUAAAAAUACCUGAGUCUCUCCACCUUUUGGUUUGAGAACUGAAGAACCCUUCUGGAUGAGAGGAGAAACAUCUUCAAGACACAAAAAGUCCAGUCGCCUUUUUUUCAAGCUCCAGAGAUUACUAUGAACUGGAUGAACCUACACAGACAUCAGAGAAUUAUAUUUGUAUGUCGGGCAUAGCUUUAUUCAUUGAUCCAUCUAUCCAUUUAUGUUUGAGCAAAUCCUAGAGGUAAUUUGCAUAAUUUCAAAUCUUAUUGUGACAUAUUUUGAUGACAACAGAUUUCAUUUGGGGCCAAAAAUGACCCCGGUACAUUACAGUGAUUAAUUAAAAAUGUUGACAUGUUCAAAAGAAUGAACAAUGGGGUAGUGCAGUCAUAGUAAUUUGCUCUGUACACUGUUAUUAUUGCUUUCUUGUGUAAUCAAACAUUGAGUUGCUGAUUGUUUUAUAUGUAUUCAUUCUUGCAUUGUGUAGGUGAAGUAUGGAACUGAGUGAGCAGUACAGUAUAUAAAGAAAAUCCAGAUUUACAUGU